AUGAAAAGAAAUUCUUAAAUUGAAAGAGAAGAUUUAGAAGCCUAGAUUCCUUCAUAAGAUGAUAAAAAAUAAAUAAAUACAAACUUAAAUGAAGAUUGUGAUUACAGAUAUUCAAUCAAUUAAGCUCUUCACUAAUCUCUACUCAAUUAUGAAGAUGAACAAAUAAUUUUGAAAAGUGAUCUGUAAAGCAAAACUCAAAAUAACAUUUAUGAUAAAUAAGAUAUAAAUUCAGAAUAAGUUAAAACAAAUAUUUAUUAUAAUUCUAUGCAAAUACCAAGUAUGGAAUAUCCUUAUAAUAAUAGUAACUCAUACAAUCAUGACUUAAAAAUUGAAAUACCAAUUCCACCUCCUCCAGCAAUGGAAAAUUAAUUAUAAAUAAAAUAACCAUAAAAUUAAAUUAAUGAUAUGUAUUAAAUACCUAUAAGAGAUAUAAAAGAAAUAGAGUACUGCAAUCAUAGGAAUCCAAAUUAACACUUAUAUAUAACUAGUCCUUUAGUGUAUGUAUCUGCUAUUUUAUUAAUUUUAUUCCUCGGAGGAUUAGUUACUUUGAUUGUGGCAAUAGUUAUUAUGGCAAUAGCUUCUGAUGCAUUAGAUUCUGACUGUCCUUGUGCAUCAUGCUGUGAUAGCAGUUGUGAUUUUUGUGAUAAAAAUUGUUACUUUUCUUGUUUUAACUUUUUAGAUAGUUGCUGUGAGAGUCAGUAAUUAAUAUCAUCAACUAUAGAUUUUUCAUACUACUCAUAAAGAUAAAACCGAAAAAUGGAAUAUAAUUAGUAUUAAAUGAAUCAAAAAAACCCAGGUAUAUGUGAUGCUAUUGAAAAUUGUCUAUGUUGUUCUUGUUUUGAUAUUCUCUCUACUAACAAGCCAGUAGAUGGAUGCUUAAUGAAUAAAAUAGAAGUUUAUUGUACUAAUUGCAAUUCAAAGCUAAAAGAAUAAUACACAGGAUAAAAAUAUAUAUGUCCAUCUGUAACCUUGGGCAUAAUUGGUUUUACUUUAUUAGGAAUUUCUAUCCAUUUCUAUUUACUCUUAAAAUGA